UUCUUUUACAGAAUAAUAUGGAAAUCUGACCGUUAUUCAUCUUGUUUACUUUUUGAUUAAAUACGAAAUCAUUCUAUUCAUAAUCAGCUGAUGUAAUAUAAUUCUUCAAAUCAACCGGCCGGUGGAAUAAAAAAAAAAAAACUAAACAUGUACAAGAAUUGAUAGAAGGAUUAUGAUUAAUUUUUUGAUUAAAUAAAAAAAAAAAAUGAAUGACACUUCAGAGAAUUCAAAUUUUGUUGAGAUUAGAAAACGGCACGGUCCUGAUGUGGUUAAUUUUUUGGUUACAAAAAAAGUCAUUCUGAAAGAAGAUAUAUUUGGGUCUUAUUCUUUAGCAGAAAAUUUUUCGAAAAAUGAGUGGAACUUUAAGUUACCUUCAGUAAAAAUAAAAAACGACAAAGUCAGAAAAAAAAAUAAAAUUAAACUCUAUGCCCCUAAGAAACAUGAUAAGGAUCAAGUUGACAAUUUACAUCUUUAUGCUAAUUUCAGGCGUUCGAUAGACAUUAUAAGUGGAAAACCUGAAUCAGGCCAAGCAUCUGCUUCAAGUACCAGCAAGGGAGAAGUCUCACAUCCUCGGUCUAUAUCAAAGUUUGCAUUCGAUUUUAAAACUAAAAAAAUUAUCACGCAAAAUUUAAAUGGAAUGAAAUGUCAUGAGCACAAAGCAGCUACGUUGAUUUUGAAAGAAGAUCGAGGUUUUCUAAAUAUAUUAAACAAAAAAUCACCUGAGUAUAAGAGCUGUCAUUUACAUUUAUCAUCAAUUAUGCUCAUGUUCGCAAAGAAAAGUAGGCAGUUCCGGUAUAAUAUUUUUUUGGACAGAUUUUCUCAAGAUAAAUAUCUUCUUGAAGGACAGCUAUCUCAAAAGCAAGUUUAUGAGUUUUUCUCUAAAAUAUUAUAUCACAUUGUACCUAAUCAGCUUUUUGGCAGCAAAACAAAUAAUGCCAAAAUAAAACGAACACUUAGACAGUACUUGGAAUCAGGAAGCGAAGAGUUUACCCUCGAAAAACUGCUACUGAGUAUGGACAUCGAUUCAAUAAAUUGGCUGGAUAAAGUGUCUCUUAAAUCCAAUAAAAUGUACCUGUUAGCUCAAGUUUUAUAUUGGUUUUUCGACAAAUUUAUUUGGCACAUAAUUUACUCGUACUUAUAUUGUGAAAAGCCUCAAGCAGCAAACUACGAAAAAAUUAUCAUCCAUCGCUGGAUUAAAAGAGGAACAAUUCAUCAGCAUAUGCUCAACAAAACACGUGAAAAUGUCUAUGAGCCGAUACCAAACGAUGAAGCCAAAACAAUAGAUGGGUCACUAGUUCCUAAACUGAGAUUCUACGCUAAAAAGUCUGGGUUACGUCCAGUGCUAGUGAAAAGAACUGAUGAAAGCCAAAAGAAACAAUCUAAAAUAUUUCAGAAUAUUCUGAAACGAUUGUAUUUGUCUACCAACCCACCUCAAAAACCACACAUUACUCAAAGAAUCUGGGAAGAAAUAUGUAAUUUUCGCCAAGUUAAUGGCGAUAAACCACUUUGGUUUGUCUGCUGUGAUAUUAAGGAUGCUUAUGGUUCCAUAAUUCAAAAUAAACUGCUAGAAGUUGCAGGAAAAUUGUUAGACGAUAAUUUACCAGAAGUAUUGACAAGUAAACCGAUUGCACUGCUAAGGCCAACAAGAGAGACGUUGACAGAUUUUGUGGAGUAUGAAUGUCUAGGUCUUGAUUAUUUUCCACCUUUACUACCUUCAAGUUCUCUAUACUGCCCUAUAAAUCCGCCAAAUAAAUAUACUACGAUUGUCAGUAGAGAAGAGAUUAAACAAUUUAUCAAGGAUGAAGUUUUAAACAAAUUGGUUCGACUGAGGAGUAAAUAUUUCAAAUUAAAACAAGGAAUUGGCCAGGGUCUACCGCUGUCUGCUGUACUAAGCGAAAUUUACUACAACGAUAUGGAGGUUCAAGAGUUACAAAAAUUUAAGAAUUUGGGAAGUUUGUAUCGCUACGUUGAUGAUUUUCUAUAUUUGACUGAUAACAGAGAAGCAGCAGAGAAGUUUUGGAAAAUGACUCAAACUGGGAUCCAGAGUUAUAAUUGUAACUUUAAAAUUGAGAAGAGUCUAUCAAAUUUAGAUUCAGUUGAUAAAGAGGAAUUUAGUUACCUCGGAUUUUGCUACAAUAUUAAGACUAUGGAGGUGAGACCAGAUUACUCUGGUGUCCCAGUAAGAUACAGCUUGAAAAUGAACAAAGAAACUGGAUAUAAAUUAUUGAACUUAUUCAUCCGCCGAAUUUCAAAAUUCAUGGGGUUGCUGAAGUUAUACACAUUUGUCCUGGAUCCGCGGAUAAUCUCCAAAAAAACUAUCAUUAAAACUAUUCGAGCCGCUGCCAAGAUGUCGGCAGAAAGAUGUUUCCUACUCCUGUUCAACAUGUUUGACAUAAAAAAAUUAGACAGAAGAUUAUUCUUCAAGAUUUUUCUUAGUAUAAAAAAAACAUCUAUCAAGCCUCUCCUCAAAACUUGCAAUGAUUCUUUAAAAGUUGAAGGUUGUCAUUUUUUGUUCAAGUUCACAGAGUUACAAUUUAUCAUUUGGUAUGAAUAUAUGCAGGCUUUUAAAAAAAAUUCUCGUAUUGCUAAAAGAUUUAUCAAGUUAAUGAAAAGGCAGAUUAAUUUUGAUUUAUUAAAAAAUAUUACUUGAAAGUAAAUUUCAUUUUAAAAGACUAUUUAUAAUGAUAAAUUAA